UAAGGACCUGACCUUAGUCCAUCCAGAUCAAUAGGGAAGUGAGGGUGGAAAGAAGAAGAAGAAGAAGAAGAAGAAGAAGGAGAAGAAGAGGAAGAAAUAAGGGGCGCAACCGGAUCGUUUACACUGGCUGUUCCCGAGGAAAUAUAGACUUCCCUUGCUUGCACCUUUUGUUGCUCACAUGCUCACACUGUAAAAGUGGAUAUCGAGGCAAUUCCCUUGCUUUGUGUGAUUGCAGCAGACUUUUUCCCCUUUUCCUACCACCAUGUCUUUCCCUCAGCUGGGAUAUCAGUACAUCCGACCGAUAUACCCGCCGGAGCGCCAGGGGAUCGCCAGCAAUGGCCGGGCCGGGACAGAGCUCAGUCCGUCCGGCGCACUCUCCAACGUCCUCUCCACUAUGUAUGGAUCUCCUUUCGCCGCAGCAGCGCAGGGCUAUGGAGCGUUUCUGCCCUACUCAAACGAUAUAUCAAUUUUCAAUCAAUUGGGUGCUCAGUAUGAACUGAAAGACAGUCCCGGUGUCCAGCACCCAGGGUUUGCCCACCAUCACCCUGCUUUUUACCCAUAUGGCCAAUAUCAGUUCGGUGACCCGUCCAGACCCAAAAACGCCACCAGGGAGAGCACCAGCACCCUGAAGGCCUGGCUCAGCGAGCACCGCAAGAACCCCUACCCAACCAAGGGAGAGAAGAUCAUGCUGGCCAUCAUCACCAAAAUGACCCUCACCCAGGUGUCCACCUGGUUCGCCAACGCCAGGAGGAGGCUAAAGAAGGAGAACAAGAUGACCUGGGCCCCUCGGAACCGCACCGACGAAGAGGGAAAUGUGUACGGCAGCGAUCACGAGGGGGAGGAGGGGGACAAGAGGGAGGACGAGGAGGAGAUCGACUUGGAGAACAUCGACACGGAAAAUAUUGAGAACAAGGACGACUUGGACGACCAGGACGACCUGCACUCAGACAUGAAACUCGACGGGAGGAGUGACUCUGAGAUUUCUGACGGCUAUGAGGAUUUACAAGGGCCCGACCAGAGGUUUCUAAAGGCUGUGGGGAAAGAGGGCAAAGACGUGGAGAGAGGAGGAGAGCACUUCCACAGCCACCACCACCACCACCACCAUCACUCUUCUUUGGACACCAAAGCGUCCCAAGCAAACGGCGAACAGCUCAAACUGAACCCGGUGUCCGUUAGCUCACCCCCCUCAGAAAACAGCCCUGCCCCAGCCCAAAAGCCAAAGAUCUGGUCUUUGGCAGAGACAGCCACGGCCCCUGACAAUCCGCGCAAAUCGCCACAAAUGAACGGCAGCAACUCCGCAGGGCCGGCCGCCCAGACCCUUAUCGCCCCUCAUAGACUCAUCUCUUCUUGUCCCGUUGGGAAAAUCCAGAACUGGACGAACCGAGCCUUCUCGGCGCAUCAGCUGGCUUUACUGAACUCAAAUCAUUAUCUGGGACUGGCAAACCAGGCCACUGCCACCGGCCUGGCCCUCUACAGCAGCAGGCAAACGGAGGACAGGAGUCAUAGUUCAGAGACUUCAGUCACAGGUACAUGUCCCCGACACUGAGACGCGCAUGUAUAAAUAACUACAAAAAAAAACAAAGACACUAGUCAUUGCCCGUCAUUCAUUUCUAUUAAUUUCGACCUCCCUUUGCCUUCUUUGCCCCUUCAUGGAUUUUUUUUUUCUCUCUUUAGGCCACACAGAUGAACAGUGUUACAAUGUUAUAGCUUACAGAAUACAGUUGUGCGUGAAGUAUGACUGUGUGUGAGUGUGUGAGGUGU